AAUUUUCGGUUAUCCAUUUACAGCCCUAGAUGGGGGGGCCAUAGCGCUGACCACCUGUGGUUGGAAAGGUGAUGGCUGUGGAAUCGGCGUCUGAAAGGGAGACACUGUCAUUGGAGUUUUCAAAGGCAUCGUUCCAGCGCCUGGAAGGGCGAAUGGGCCUCAACCCUAUGCAAAUUCACGUGACCAAACCAUUUCAAUCUGGCCCAGGGGCGGAGGAGGGGGCUGCAUGGGCACGUGCCCCCAACAGUUUUUCGGCGAAGAGCUUCUAUUGAUGGCCGUAAGUGAUUGGGUGCUCUGACCAGCUACGAAGGAACGAUGGUUCCCCACCCCCCACCCCCCAUGAUAGGCGCAACAACUAUGGAGACCCUUGAGGCUAGCUUCUACUUUGAAGCGGCUUUAAUACGUUG